AUGUCCACCGAACAUCUGUUUCAUUCUAGAGAUGAUGGCACGAACCCAACAAGGAACACAAACGUUGACGAGACGUAUGCUCGAUACGAGCGCUCUCCCUUCCGGAACUAUUCGCUGAAGCCAAUUCAAGGAAACCAAGACAGGAUCAAUCGCCAGAAGUCCAAAGCGAGCCUCAUGAACCGAUUCAACUCCGUUCGUUCGAAGUUGGGUAAUACUAAGCAGGCAGGUAGCAAUGGUACAACUCAAAAUAGCCAGCGGCCUAAGCCGGACUACUCUUUAGCUGGUCCCAGUCCCUACGAUGAACAGGACUCUGAUGACUACGACUCUGAUGAGGGUUUCGGCGACUACGGUAGACGUCCUUCUGCCAUUAUCGGUCUGGGAAAGCCAUUUCCAAGGCAGAAGCGAGGCGGACGCUGGAGGAAGCGCGACAACGUGAAGAAGCCCAAACAGGCCAUAAAAGGAUCCCGGACCGACCAAGGGACCGAGAGUGGCAAGCCCGAGGGUCAGGUUGGAGGAGGCCCAGCAGGUCAUCACGGCUCGCCUGUCCGCGGCCGUCCGCUCGGUGAGGCGGCCGGUGGACCAGCUGGUUAUGGUCGGGAUCCCGAGGAUGAAGACGAACAUGGCAAUACAAAUUGGAUUGAGCAGGUCGCUGAUGCGAACGGUCGUCACGACAGCGAGCAGACGCUGAACGAUGAUGAAGAGGCCGAGGGCAACCAAACGGCCGAAGACAAACACGGAUCUCAGCCAAACUUUUGGUUUGGCAUUCGACGUAAAUUGAGGGAGCCUUUGGCAGAAUGGCUCGGUACACUGGUCUCGGUGCUCAUGGGUGUAUGCGCCAAUCUGCAAAUGAAGACAUCAGAGGGCAAAGCCGGCUCCUUCGCUCAGUCAGCGGCCAUGUGGGGUAUAGGAACUAUGAUGGCUGUGUACAUUGCUGGCGGUAUCUCUGGUGCCCACUGUAACCCCAUGGUCUCGAUCAACCUCUCGGUCUUCCGUGGCUUUCCAGCUCGUAAAGCUUUCAUCUAUAUCUGCGCCCAGAUUCUUGGAGCCAUCUGCGCAGUAUGGAUCGCCUAUGGCAUCUACCACGACGCGAUCAUGAAUUUUGACCCCGAGAAGACGUCAACAAGCGACGGAAGCGGCACAGCCUUCUUCACGCUGCCCGCGUCCUUUGCUACUCCCCAGACAGCCUUCUGGACAGACUUUACGUCGGCUGCCGUGAUGAGCGGUACCGUUAUGGCUAUGGGCGACGAUACCAACUCGCCUCCUGGAGCUGGCAUGCACGCCUUCAUCAUCGCGCUCAUCGGGUUCGCCAUGGCAUCGUGCUUGGGCUACAACACUGGUCCUCAGACCAACCCCGCCAAAGAUCUUGCUACUCGAUUCGUUCCCAACGUUGUCGGCUAUGGCGGCGAUAUGUGGGUCCAAGGUUGGUGGGCAGAGGCGUGGGCGGCUGCUAUCUUUGGCGGUUUGUUCGGGUGCCUUGUAUACGAUGUUGCGAUUUUCGAGGGUCCAGAAUCACCUAUUAACUAUCCGAGGGCCAAGAGACAGCAGUCCAGGGAGGGCAACAAGGCCAAGUGGCUCAAGACGGGCUGGUUCGGAGCCGGCAAGAAACAUCGCGCUGUAGAGGACUUGGAGAACGGUGUUGGAAUCAAUGAGAAGAAUGCUGGUCAUCAGAUGGAUGGCCACUAA